GCUCUUAGGCGUGUCCUGUGUGUCGGGUAUGAUGUAUAGUGUGUGUUUCAAAUUUAACGGCGGCGUCCUGUGGUAUUAAUCAAAUUCAGGAAUUCUUCAGCGACGGGGGGACGUUCUGCCUAGGAGGGAUACUGACCAAGCGUCCUUUGAAGAUCUUUUCCAUAAAAGUAAAAUGUCACAGUCUAAGGAGCUUCAGUGCUACAAUCGUGGAUGUGGAAACAAAUAUAAUCCAGAAGAAAAUAAACAAGAUUCGUGCACAUUCCACCCUGGAGCGCCAUUCUUCCACGAUGCUUACAAAGGCUGGUCCUGCUGCAACAAGAAAACAGUUGACUUCACCGAGUUUCUCAACACAAAGGGGUGCACCAAAGGCUUCCACAGCGACGUGAAGCCAGUGGAGCCCGAAAAGCCCAAGAAGGAGUCGUCGCCGCCCUCCGCCGGGGAGCAGAUCUUCUCCCCGCAGGCGCCCAACAGGAAGAUCGAGCCGCCCAAGCCGCGGCCGCCGUUUGACACUCCGAUGGUGCUGCUGCCCUGCACAGUGUCGCCCUCUCUGAGCCAGGCGCUGAAACAGCGGGCCAGCAGCGUGGCCGACCCGAGCCGGGGGGACGCCAACCAGCUAGUGCCCGGUACUAGCUGUAAGAACGGCGGCUGCAAGGAGACGUACGGCGACUGCAGCAGCGAGUGCCGGUUUCACAGCGGAGUGCCCAUCUUCCACGAGGGCAUGAAGUACUGGUCGUGCUGUCAGCGAAAGACGUCCGAUUUCAGCGCGUUCCUCGCGCAGGAGGGCUGCACCACAGGCGACCACCUCUGGAUCAAAAAGAAGGAGGGCGACUCUAAGCGCACCAGUUGUCGGUACGACUGGCACCAGACCGGCUCGCACGUCAUUGUGGCCAUCUAUGCCAAGUUUGCGCAGCCGGAGCUGUGCCGCGUGGAGGCUGGGCCGAUCCGACUGAGGCCCCAUAUCGAGUUUGGCGACAACCAGGAGUUCGAGGUCGACCUGGAACUGCGCGGGGUGAUCGAUCCAGCAGCCAGCUCCGUCCAGCUGAUGGGCACCAAGGUGGAAAUCAAGCUGAAAAAGGCCGAGGCCAUGUCCUGGAACGUUCUGAGCGUGCCUCGUGCCGAGCCCGCCCCUGUCGCCGACACCCCCAAAUCGGACACGGAGGCGGUCACACAGCGAGUGGACGCAGUCGACCUGAGCGACUUGUAGUCGGCACUGCGGCCGGGCCGGUCGGUACGCGCUGUUGGCAAGUUUUGGCACCAGCUAACACCGGCGGUGAUCUGUGGUGAUGUCAGUGGUGACCGCUCGAUUAGUGACCGACGGCAGUGCACAGUGACCGGUAGUGGCCCGCACAGUGACCGUUUUUAGCGUCUGCGGAGAUGUGAUCCGCCGCUGUGACCCCCGACCAGCCGAGAGCGGAAGAGGAGGGCGCCGCCUAUCGACGCAGGUGCUGAGUGUACUCCUGCCUUUGGCUGGACACCAGAAGAGUGCCCCCGCGGAUGGUGCGAGUCGAGUUGUCACGCUGCGCAGUCUGUCGGCUGUCUGUGUGCGCAAUUCAAGACAGAGUGUUUGUGGAGAGCUUGUCCGUUCGCCGCGGCGUAUGGACGACUGCGACAAUAUUGAAGAACAGAGCAAAAGGGAGUAAGGCGACUCCGACUGGUCCUUUGUCCCACAAGAGCCAUUUGUUUUCCGGUCCCGGCAGAAACUCCAUAAAGCGGUGCCCUUGUUUUAGUUUACGUUGCUCGGUCUGUGUCCUUAGAUCAAUUCUCCCUUGUUAAUCUUUCUGGAAACUCAUGUCAAUUGCUCUCAUUAGGAACUUCGCUCGCUUCCUUCCCCACUCGAUGUGAAUAUUUUUUCAAGGGAUGUUGAGUGAAGCACUCGCUUCAAAACUUUGGCGAUCUUGUCAAUGGCAGAAAACCGUCCUUGCAGGCAUUCGUUGCUGAACCGUUUUCACUUCGGCGCGACUUAUCAUCGUCAUA